UAGGCCCCGGGUAUUUAGACUGGCUUCAACCGGUCCCUAUCCUUACAUCAGCAGCAUCAUAUGAUUAGUCUGCAGUGCUGAGGACUCACUCUGCCUUUGCAUCUCCUUGGCUAACCCCUUUUCCUGAUGGGAGUCCAACUUUUACAGGUUUUCUCAGUGACCGAUGACAGCGAGUCUAUUAUUAUCCCAGGAUGUGGUGAGGAGUUCUUCUCUGAGUAGUUUUGGCACAAAAUGAGAACGUUUCACUCCAGGUCAGCUGUGAAUAGUCAGUGUUGAGGUGGCCCAGUGAUGCCGCCCCCAGCCACAAGUCCCUCCGCCGUGCCCCCACCAGAUGGCGGUUGGGGGUGGGCUGUGGUGUUGGCAUCUUUUAUCUCCAUAGGCUUCUCGUACGCUUUUCCCAAAGCCAUCACAGUCUUCUUCAAAGACAUCCAGAUCAUCUUCGAUGCCUCCUACAGUCAGAUCGCGUGGAUCUCCUCCAUCAUGCUGGCGGUCAUGUAUGCUGCAGGUCCCAUCAGCAGUAUACUGGUCAACACCUAUGGCUGCAGGCCCGUCGUCAUGAUGGGGGGCUGCCUCUGUUCCACUGGCAUGAUCAUGGCUUCCUUCUGUAACAGCGUAGUGCAGCUUUACAUCUGCAUAGGAGUUAUCGGUGGACUUGGACUAGCCUUCAACCUGCAGCCAGCACUGACUAUGAUAGGCAAAUACUUCUUUAAGAAGCGUCCCAUUGCUAACGGGCUGGCGAUGGCAGGCAGUCCAGUGUUCCUUAGCACCCUGGCUCCUCUCAAUCAGUACCUCUUCAACCAAUUUGGCUGGAGAGGCAGCUUCCUCAUCCUGGGUGGCCUGCUACUGAACUGCUGUGUGGCUGGUUCCCUCAUGAGGCCUCUGGGACCGCCACCCAGCAAGCUCAAGAAGGACGAAGAGUUAGCUGCUAUUGCCACCACAACAAAAGAGAAGCGCACUUGCUGGCAAACAUUCAACAAGUACCUGGACCUAUCACUAUUUAAGCAUCGUGGCUUCCUCAUUUACCUGUCGGGCAAUGUCCUCAUGUUCGUGGGCUUCUUUGCACCUAUUGUCUUCCUUACGGCCUACGCUAAGGACAUGGGCGUGGAUGAGUACUCUGCUGCCUUCCUGCUCUCAAUUCUGGCUUUUGUUGACAUGUUUGCCAGGCCCUCCAUGGGGCUACUGGCCAACUCGCGCUGGGUCCGGCCCAAGAUCCAGUACUUCUUCAGCUUUGCUGUGCUGUACAAUGGGGUGUGCCACAUCCUUUGCCCACUGGUGGAAAGCUACACCGGUCUGGUGGUGUAUGCGGUUUUCUUCGGCUUUGCCUUUGGCAUGGUCAGCUCAGUGCUGUUUGAAACACUGAUGGACCUGGUUGGGCCUCAGAGGUUCUCCAGUGCUGUGGGACUCACCACCAUUGUGGAGUGCAUCCCAGUCCUCAUUGGUCCACCUCUAGCAGGGAAAUUGGUCGAUGUCACAAAAAACUACAAGUCCAUGUAUUUUUGCUGUGGAGGUGUCGUGAUUUUGGCCAGUAUUUGGCUCUUCAUCGGAAACUUUAUUAACUACAGACUCUUGGAGCGUGAGCGCAAGUGUGCAGAACUGUACAAACGGACUGAAACAGAAGAUCCAGACCAAGCUCUAGAUCAGAAGGAGGCUGAUGGGGAAGCCCAGGCGUCGGAGGACUUGGUCGACAAAAGCGAGAAAGGUGACGAACCUAUGCAGCGGGAAACCAACAUCUAGAUCCUUCUGCUCUGCCAACAGCUCACCUUGACUUCCGCGACUACCUACCAACACCUUCCACUACAAUCAAACUGAGCUCCAAGCCAAGAGGUGCCUCUCGGUGUUCCACCAGGCUCUAUUUGGGGUCCUCUGCACUCAAACUGCCAAAGCAACUACUGUGUUGUAGGAGGCUGUGAGGAGUAAUCUGUUUGUCAAAGAGCAUAACAGAAAUAUUAACCACAGAGAAAAGUGUAAGAUAACCGUAUGCAUGUGAGGGGGCUAAAAUUCAGAAAAUUAAAUGGAAAACAGUGUAGUACUAACCGUAUUUUCUUUUUUUUGUCACGUUCACCUCAUAUCGGAUUUACUGUAAAUACAAGACUACAACUAGACACCUAGUUACGAUCACGAUGUAAGAUUAUAGUUUCUGUAGGAACUCCAAAAUUGUGUCAACUGAGAGCUAACAUUAGCGGCAAAUCCACACAUGCUGGCAGAUAAUUAAAAAUGUAGUUAAAUUCAGAGUCGGACAAUUAACUGCGUGUCACCGCUGUUCAACAGCACAAGCAAACUGAAUUAAUGUUUCAUUCAAAAUGAAAUCAUGUCUUAUUCACAACACACUGAAGUCUUGGUAAACGAGGAAAUGCUAAAUUAACAAGGAAGCAGUAAACAGAUUUCUCGGUGGUUAGACAGACUAUCUGUGAGUGGAAAGUGUCUAUUCUUGGUGAAGUUUUCAACACUGAUCCCUAACUGUGCGUUCUCACCGCAAGGAACUUGGUUAAUGCUUCUUUUUUACAAAUUGUUGACAGUUAAAGGCUCUGAAUGUAGAUACAAUCAAAUAAUUAGUUUGCAUACAAAACUAAAUAGGUGAAACAAUUUUGGAUAUUAUCAUUGGCUAUAAUGAUAAAUACACCCAUUCUCCAAGCAUCAACCUUUUAAGAUGCCUCUUCUAGUAGUUUUUUACAUCAAAGUUGUGGAGAACUGCUUUGAAAGGCUGGAAUCAAAUGUUCCUAUUUUAGGCUGAUGUCCCUAAAAUCAUAACAAAAUAGGAGCUGAAAUCUGCCUUGGUGGUGGCAGGCGUUGAGCCUAAAAAGUUUGGCUGAUUUUCCUUGGUUGGUCAGCUCUGUAGGAAGGAAAAACUCCUGAUGACUUGUUGAUUGUGUUGCUCGCAGUGUGAAUGCAGCGUAGCAAUCCCAGUGCACCGGAAAUGGUUGAUCCAUCUGGUGAUAUGCGUCAAGCAAGAAGUCAAAAUUCUAAUUGCACUGUGUUUUAAAAUGGCAAUCGGGUGCCAUAAAAUUCUCACUUCCAUUAAUAAAGAACAGAUGUGUUCACAGUUGGUGACGCUGGUGCCCAUGUAUUAUGCUGCCCACCUGAGCACUGUAACAUUGUGUAGUAAAACCUGCACAAAUUUCCCACUUUUAAUACUUUCGAUCUAGUCAUAAAAUGCUUCCUGUAAGUCGUCUAGUGUUCCUUAUUGCACUCAUACACAGUGUCCUACACUGAAAGAUAAAUGGCAAUACAAACAUGUAUUAAACAGCUGCAAUUAAAUGAGUUUAAUUAUGGUUGAAUGUAAUUUCCUCUGUGGGCCUUAACAAGGUAUUAAUGACCAAAAACCAUCGGCAUAAUAGUGGUUUUUCCACACAUAGAGCUCAUGAGCAAUAUCAUUUCUCAUAUUUUAACUUUUAAUGCAGAUACAUGUGUACAGGGAAAUGUAUUUCUUGUGGUCAGCUCAACAGUCCAUUCUAUGAUACAUUGCCUUAAAUGUAAUGUAACGAAUGCAGAGAAGUUGUACAGUGAAUAUUUGGUAGUAUUAUACUGAGCUGAUAAACUUUUGUGUUAAAUGUGUCCCACUUUUUGUGGCUGUUUAACUUUUAAACUCACAAGAAAUCAGUGUAGUCUGGUCCAUUUGUCUCCUAACAUGUCUGUAUAAAUGUCAUGACUUUAUGUAAUGUUAUUCUGUGACUAAUUCACUAACAUCCACACCAGUAUGUUAAAACAUUUGAAGGAAGUCUACUGAUGCUACUAAUUACCGAAUGCUACUGAAGUAUAGUAUUUUCACUUGUAUUGUGUGCAAACAAAAUGUACUGGAUAAACAUAUCACGUUACAAUUUAAGUGUUGCUGUGAAUGUCAAAGUUGUUCAGUAUUCUAUCCAUUCCAUGUGUUUUUGUAAAUGUCAUCCUGCUGUUGCUGGUGAUCAGUUUUCAUCCAAAUCUGCAGCUUUGGUCUCAAACGCUGAGGAAAUAGUGUCCUAUCUCAGAUGUCCUAACAAAGCCAUUUUAAUAACAAAUUUUUCAAAGCAAUCAUGAACAAAAAGAAAACAACGUUAUUGCCCCUUGUGAAUUAAGAAUCAUGAAAAUGGAUGUCCAGCUGUGUAGCAGUGGCUCUCAACAAUGUACCGUCUCCACCUACGAGUCAUUACAACCAAACGCUACGUUACAUUGAAAUCCUCUCUGCUUUGUGGUGAAAUGGGAGGAAUCAGCUGCUGUUGUGUUUGGCUGGAUGAACUCUGAGGGUAUCAGGGGAACAUUGUUGAGAGAAUAUCUGCUAUUCCAUUUAUUGUAAAUAUUGAACUUGGGUCUCACUUCUAUUUCCAUUUUGAGAUGAGCUAGUCUUGGUUGUCACUGCAGCUCCAGCAACAUGUGGACCAACCCAGUUUGUGUCAUUGCGUGUUGAGUUCAACACUCCUAAGAGUUUGUCUGUUAGUUUAGCUACUCUGAUUUAUUCUCCCAUAAUGCACUUAUGUUCACUAGCAUUUCGAUGUUGUCAUAUUGCCAUGUCUGUACUUUAAUUCACUGAACUCAGACGUCACUGUGGGUACUGAUGCUCAUUGUACAUAAUGAUUCUCAAUGAGUUGUUGUACUAUCACUUUCUACCAAAUAGCACUGCCCCCUGCUGGUUUUAAAAACACUUCCCAUUCAACAGGACAACUCUUACUUUCUUGAAUUUAUUUUUGUGUUGUCCAUAGUAGGAUUCAGUUUCAUAGGUAAUGGGAGUGCAUCAGUGCUUUUAUGUGUGGGGGUAUUGUCAGUAUGAAUAUACUUUCUUGGUAUUUACAUGUUAACAUAUACAAAUAGAACAAAACACAACCUUGUAAUGGUUUGAUGGAACUAAGGGGAAUGCCAUUGAAUUUCAACAUUGUGUUUGCUUUUUUCCAUUCAUGUAGAAUUUAUGAAUUAUGCUUAGUUUUUUCACUAUAAUCCUUAAGAAGAGACUCAAAAGAGGGUGUUAUUCUUCUUGUAGAUGGAGCAGAAAUAAUAGCAGUAGUCUAGGAAGCAUGCAGCAAAAGCUGCAAUAUCUAUAUGGAAAAAAUCUAAAAUAUGAUCUGCGACACAAAAUUGUGUUUUCAGAUGCUUCUAUGAUUGCUGUUUUCUUGUGAAGUACUGGAUAGUUGUAUCCUUUGGUACUAUAUUAAGUCUGUGAGAAGGGCUCACAAGUAAUGUCUCAUUUUAAGAUGACAUCAGCAAAAAAUGUUGGGAACUGCUGGUUUCAAGGUCCCUAACAAUUCUGGUCACGAUAUAUAGUGAAUAUAUAGUAAAUACAGAUGCCUGAUAUUUUAUGGUAUUCUCCUUAACGUUCUUGAAGUUAUUUGUUCAAAUUUAAGCAAUACAUUUCUGUGUUUUGGUUCAUAUUGUUUAGUCUUAGAACAAAAGGAAAUAAGUUAUAAUGAUUUCAAACAAAUGGAGAUAAUUGAUUUGAAUUUGACAUGCACCGAUAGCCUUAUCAAUUCUAUUGCAUCGCAUCUUUGUUUUUUUGUAUGGUAUAUUUAGAAACAGGUUAAUUUGGAGGUUUGCUUAAAACCUAAUUUAGCAAAGAGGGUAAAUUGAAAUGAAUAUGAAAUACUUUUAGCCCUCUGGGAUUAUUUCUGUACGCGCAAAUAAGUGUUUAAUAAAGGAAAUGUUAAGUGUUCACUUUAGGAAAUGCUCUGGAUGAAAAAACGUUUUUUUUUUUUUUUUUGCUUUUUCUUUCCCUCCUGAUGUGUGAUAGCAAUAUGCAGAAU